UCAGUAUGUCUUCCCAUCUACACAAACAGAAAAAGUGCCAAAAAUGAAAGAUAAUUCGUUUAGUGUGUUACCAAAGGCUAGUCAGGCCCUAUAGAGGGCUACCGCAUGACGUCACUGCGCCGCGAGAUUUUGUUAAGCACCAUAUUGGAAGUACACAUCUAUGCAAGUACAUACAUACAUAACAAACUACACCUGAAAUGUAGCCAGGGCCGGUUCUGCCCUAAUCUGGACCCGGGUGCAACAUCGCGCAACCCCCCCCCCAAAAAAAAAAAAACAGUCUAAAUCAGGACAACCAUCACAUAACUAUAACUAUAAACAUUUUAUAUCAACUAUUUUAACUAAAUGGGCUAUAAUAAAUAAGCCUGCAGGCAGCCACGGCGGGCUGCCUCAGAAAAGACCAUUUGUCCUACCUUAAAACUCGUUUUGCAUUUUCUGCCUCCUUUUUUGUAUUUUCAACCCUCCGUUUAUUUUCUUUCCUUUUCUGAAAACCCGAUUUGUGUCCAGACAUUUUGUUCUGCUACCAACGAACUAACUCGUCAGGUCUCGUCUCUCGAGCCCGCGAUGAUUCCCGUGGGAAGGGCAACAACUGAUACAUUUUUACAAACAGCCAAUAAACAGCCAAUAGGGAGGUUGCAUCAUUCAGGCUCUUCUUUGCUCAGACACUCAGUAAUGCACUUACUCACUAGUAGUCCACCUUCCCGCUCUCUCCAUUCAGUCAGCGACCGUCACACAGGAAGUGAACCCCAGCGGGUCAUAGAAACUUGCGCAGGAGAAGAAUGACUAUUUGUAGGCUACAGAAACUUUGAGGAACGAAAUAAAAACUGGUAUUAACCGGUUACCAUUAUUUUUAAUAAGCGUUUCUGUUCCAGAACAUAAAAAAUAAUAAAGUUUCUGGUUUCGUUUCUGUUCCAUGUGAAAUAGAAAAAGUUCCCGGUUUUCGUUUUCGUUCCUUGAACUGGUUCAAAGCCCUGAUGCAAGUCUUCACCAAGGACACACAGCCAUCUGGGGCAGAUUGCCAAGGACAUCAACAAUCACACGGAGAAUGUGAGCAUGCGAUUCCAUCAUGCGAUUCCAUCCAGAUUGAGGUCCUGACCAAAGAUAAUCAUGUCAAGGCUGCAUCACCCACAUCUCGACCCCAUGCAAGUAUCACAGAGACUAUCAGGGAGACAGUCACCACAGAGACAGUCAUGGAAACACAAAGACCUCACCAAAGUCUCGCUCUUCUGAUUUUAUUGUACCAUCUCUGUUUCCCCCCUGCAUGGAUUUCCCUAAUAGUAUGCAGAGACUGCUGCCAAUGGCUACACUCUCUUUUUCCAGCCCAAAUCUGUUGCGACAAGCAGUGUACCCAGUUCAUCAAAAAUCAACCAACAGACUGAACUGUGUUCGCCCAGGACUUUCAGCUGGCUACCAAUCUUUUUCACCAUCUAAAAGAUACAUGACAUCUCCAAUUAGGCCUGGCACGGUAUAUGUAUUCGUACCGAACCGUCACGGUACGGGGGUCACGGUUCGGUGCGCGCAUUUUCACGGAGAAUACACACGGUACAGAAGUUUAAUGUUGAUCUGAACGCGGAUCUGUUAUUUCACAAGAGUUUCCUUCAGGACACAUUUAACCACUGCCACCUGCAAGCUCUGAUUGGUCCAUAGACAUGGAUUGGUCUAGGUAGCAAACUCCACCUUCAAAUACAAACUCUGCUCUGUGGGAAGGUACCGCUGUUAGGUUGUUGUUGUUGUGAGAGAGGGCUAACAAUGGCGAGUGGUGAAGAGCUAGAAGACCCACCAUCAUCAUUUAAGUCAGUGGUGUGGGAUAACUUCGAGUUCCCCAUGAGUUAUAACAGCAAUGGAGAGCGAGUGGUUGACAAAACAAAGACGGUCUGCCAUCGUUGUUCGACAUCUGUUCAUUACGUGAGUGGGAACACUUCAAACAUGUUAACACAUAUCCAGCGACACCACCCAGACAUCCCCAUCACCGGGACGAGACGGAAGAAAAGUGUCCAAUUACGUCUCCCAAAUGUCUUACAACAGCCCCUUGACACAAAUACAUGCAGAGCAAAAAAAAUUACCAAAGCAAUUGUAAUUUACAUCGCAUCCGCUAUGCGCCCAUAUUCCACUGUAGAAGAGGCGGGAUUCAAAUAUUUAUUACAUGUGCUCGAACCUCGCUACACUCCUCCAUCCCGCAGCCAUGUAAGAGAAUCAGUAGUGCCAGCCUUAUACAACAGAACGAGACAAAUUGUGGAACAGGGGUUAAAAGCUGCGCAUUCUAUUGCGCUCACCACGGAUUCAUGGACUUCUUGGGCAACUGAAAGUUUCCUGACCGUCACUGCUCAUUUCAUCAGCCCUGAGUGGGACAUGAGGACCGUAGUCCUGCAAACGCGCCCCUUACACGAACAACACACAAGCACCCAUCUGGCUGAAAAGCUGAACGAAGUCGUGACCGAAUGGAAGUUAGAAAGACGUGGGAUGCCCAUAGCCGUCACCACAGACAAUGCGAGGAACAUUGUUAAUGCCGUCGGUGAAGCAGGGCUCGGUCCGCAUAUCGCGUGCUUUGCACACACCCUCAACCUGGCCGCAAAAAAAGCCCUCGAGAUCAAGCAGGUGUUGCAUGUGCUUGCAAAAAUGAGAUCUACCGUCGCAUUUUUCCACCGCAGCACCACCGCAGCCUACAUUUUGGAGCGCAAGCAAGAAAUGCUGGGCUUGCCGAAACACUGCCUCAUUAAUGAUGUCGCAACUCGAUGGAACUCGAGCUUCGAGAUGGUGGAGCGGUAUCUCGAGCAGCAAGCUGCUGUUUAUUCUGCCUUAGCAGAGAGGAAUGUGAGAAGCAAAGACAUCAUGAAUCUUUCCGAUCUGGAGCUGUCCCACGCAGAGGCCAUCGUUGACGUGAUGAAGCCUCUGAAGACCAUCACGGCAGUAAUCAGCACAGAAACCACCCCAUCCCUUUCCAUGAUCCUGCCACUGCAAACUACACUUCUGAAAUCAACAGAAACAAAUACAGCUGAUUCUCCAAUUGCAAGAGACAUGAAAAAUGCCAUCAGGGACAACUUUCAAGGCUGAUAUGAUGACCCAGACCUCCGGGACUUCUUAAAUAAAUGUACAGCACUGGACCCCAGGUUCAAAACACUCAAUCACUUGGAUCCAGCCUGUCAGCAGAAAGUUCAUGAAGAUCUCAUCAGAGAAGUUCUGGGCAGAGCAGAAAAGAAUGACACCCCCCUGUCUGCAGAAGAGGACAGUCCAUCUACUUCACAGGCCCAGGCCACUGCUUUGCCAGGGAUGGCAGAAGAGUCAGAGGUAUCCUCCUCCCAACCUCCUUCAAAGAGGUCAGCCAUGGCAGAACUUUUUGGCUCACUGUUCAAAGUUGACCAAAGGAACCAGCCUAAUUUGCAACAGCAGUUGAAGGAAGAAGUCAGUGGUUACAUGGCAAAGGACUGCACCUCAGUUGACUCUGACCCGCUUUCCUGGUGGAAAAGGCAUGAGUCUGUUUAUCCUAAUCUAGCCGUAUUGGCAAAAAGUUACCUGGCCAUACCUGCCACUUCAGUACCCAGUGAAAGGGUUUUUUCAACAGCAGGUGACAUAGUCAGUGCCACCAGAUCGGCACUCAGCACUGAGAGUGUAGACAAACUUGUUUUUUUGAAGAAAAACCUUAAAGUUGAAUGAAGGUGGACAGUACACAGCUGUACACAGUUGAUUUAUUGUGAAAUGCAAAUGUUUUAAACAGUGUUAUGUUGUGAUCUGUGAGGCCUAUAGCUCAUGUUCACUGAGCUACGUGAAUGUAAAAAAGUGUUUAGGCACGCGUGCGUAUUGUAUGUUAAAGUACCCAAAAAGGUCAUGUGUUGCACUGAUGCACCUAUCAAUAUAUGACUAUUCAUGUAUAUCAAUAUAUGACAAUUCAAUGUGGUGCUUGCUCACUUGUUUUAUUUACAGAAAGUUGCAGCUAUCUCAGC